AUGGGACAACAAGUCUCGACCAGCGCAGAAGGCUGCGACGCACGCAGACCAUCCUUUCCUUCUCUCUACUGGCCAACGGACACCUGUGAAGAUGCCAUCUACUAUCUGCGGGAUUCCUGGCGCUUCACCCUGCUAUGGACUCUCAUUCUAUAUGCCAUCUUUCACUUGGGUGCAGCUGCUGUAGCACUUUUUGUACAGGUUGGGAAACACCGGUCGACCUGGAAAUACCUCUGGACCGUUCCCAUCAUUUACGCCAUUACCGCUGCCGUCGAAGCAGUUGUGGCAGGAAGUAUUGUCGGCGUGCUUAUUGGCGCUGUCUACUUUACUGGCAAGUUCCAAAUGUCAACCUGGAUACCUUUCAUCUGGGGUUGGAUCAAUGUCUUGAUGCUCAUCGUAUCGUCAUUCACUAUCCAAGGUGGUCUAUGA